CCAAACAUGCCUCCGCUAUCCCACUCAGAACCCGUUCCCCUCCCCCACUAUUUCCCCCAAACCCUCGCCGCUUACAUUCUUUACAAGCACAACCGAUUCAGCCGCAGCAACAUUAUAAACGCUGCAAGUAAUAUUCUGGCAGGCGGCGGCGGCGGCGGCAAAGAACUGUACUCUCAUCAGCGAACUGUUUCUUUCCACCAGUAAAAACUAAAAUUCCAGUAAUGUCUUAAAUGUAAGAGACGAACCCAGAAAAUAAAACUCAGGUUUUUGCUUCUUAGAAUCGGUAAGUUGAUAUUCCGAACUCCAUAACUGUAUUCAGAUUCCUUUUUAUGAAUGAAGAGCUCUUUUUAGGAAGUAAGAACCAUGUUUUCUUGUUUCCUUCGUAAAGGGGCAUCCCCAUUGCAAGGUUAUCCGGGUUACUCGUUAUGUUACCGUAUCCCAUUGCGUAUUUUACAGAAUGCAUUUUGUUCUAAGAUUUCGGGAGAUUUUCCUAUUGAGAAUAAGCAAGAUAAAGUAGAGCAAAUUCGAAUCCUUUUACGAAAUUAUGGAUUGAGCGAUAUCCAAAUAUCCACAAUUUCUCAAAUGCAUCCUAAGGUUUUUCGAUUCCAUCCACAGAAUGUCAUUUUGCCAAAACUCAAGUUCUUGAGCUCCAUUGGCCUUUCGAGUGAUAUCUUACACAAAAUUAUUGUGAACAACCCUUGGUUAUUGCAAAGAAGCCUAGAGAAUAAGCUGAUCCCUUGUUACAAUUUACUCAAAAAUGUACCCAUUUCCAAUAAAGACAUUGUUAGGAUAAUAAAGCGCAAUUCGAGAAUUCUUGGUACUAAUGUGGAAAAGAUUGCUGCAAAUGUAGAUGCAUUUCGACAGAUGGGUGUACCUCAGUCGUCAAUCUCUUUUGUGAUGGUUAAUCACCCUUCUUUGGUGCUACUGAAUUGCGAGAAGUUGAAACGGUGUGUAGAAGAGACGUUGAGCUUGGGUUUUAACCGUUUGAAUACACUGUUCGUCCAAGCAGUUUAUGUGCUAUGCGGGAGUAGUAAAGAGACGUGGGAGAAUAAAGUGAAGGUUUAUAAAAGUUUUGGUUUGUCUGAGACUGAGGUUCAAUCAGCAUUUAGAGCACAUCCGCUUUGUAUGAGGUUGUCUGUAGAGAAAAUUUCACGGGGAAUGGAUUUCUUUGUAAAUGAGAUGGGAUGGUCGCCUACCAUUGUUGCGCGAUGGCCUGCUGCUCUGUUUUAUCACUUGGAGAAGAGUAUCAUCCCUAGAUGCCAAGUUAUUAAGGUCUUGAUGCAGAAGGGAUUGGUGAAGGAACAUCAAACUUUGAUGUCUUUUUUGGGGACUACAGAGGAACAGUUUCUUGACAAGUAUGUAAGCAAAUAUAUGGAUGUUUUGCCUGAACUAAGGGAUAUAUAUCGUGCAGGAAUGAUCUUUAAGAACAAUUGAUUUGUGGAAGAUGUUAUGGCAAAAAUGUUGGACUUUUAAAUCAAAUCUGUAAAGCUGUAACGUUGAAGGGUUGCAUGGAAAUUUCUCAUCAAUUCAAUGUCUUCCAUUUCUUGGCAUGUUGAUAAGUGAUCUUUUUGCUGAAUUGCUCGUUUUCGCUUGUGGUUUGUUUAGUAGGGUGGGUUGAAUGGAUUUGUUUUGUCCAAGUUGGUAUAAGAUUUUGUCUUGAAGAUUCUCACAAGGCAAAAUUUAAGGCACUCAUUCCCCUCAUCUCCCUCGCAGUGUAUGAUGCGUUGUGAAAACCGGCUUCCUUGUCGAGUAACAAGUGAUUGCUUUGCUGUAUUCAUGUUCGUUUUGGUGUGUAUAGACGGUGUGACUCCACUACUCAUUGAAGUACUUGAUUUUAUUACUUCAGAUGAAAAAAAGCUAAAUUUUGUAAAACUUUUGGUCUAGUCAUGUGUAAUUAUUAAG